UGUUGGCUCUGGUUGUAUGGGCCCAUCAGGCAUUUGGCUCUCUCCAAACGGUCCCGGUCAUCAGGACCACAUCUGGGAAACUGAAGGGCAUCUCUGUGUCCAGUAGCACAAAUGCUUAUCUCGGUAUCCCGUACGCCAUACCACCCCUAGGGACACUACGAUUUCAGGCACCCCGGGAGCUGAUAACUCCACUUCUCUCGCGCAAUGCGACAAGCUUCGGUCCAGCUUGUAUCCAGUUGCCUUCCUCGAACUUUUCUCCAAGUCCCACUGGAGAAAGCGAAGACUGCCUCUCUUUGAAUGUUUGGGCUUCCAAAAACAAUACAGCUGCCCUGCCUAAACGAGCUUACAACUUUACGAAUUGGGCGGAUGCUCAUCCAGAGAUAGUUUUCGUCUCCGUAAACUACCGCUUAAACCUCUUUGGAUACCCUCAGACACCUGCUAUCAAUCGACCUGAAACUAAUGCUGGCCUACGUGACCAAAGACUGGCGAUCGAGUGGGUUUUCAAGAACAUCGCCGCUUUUGGAGGAGAUCCUACUCGAGUGAUCCUCGGGGUCAGUCAGCGGGCGCUGGAAGUGCUGGAGGAUAUCUUUAUUCCCACCCGUACGACUCUCUCCUCAAUGGGGCUAUAUUGA